AUGUCCCCUCAAUUCAGCUUCUCGACGGAGGGCAGCGACGUUGUUCGCGCCCUGAAGACAGAGGUUAAAGGAAAGACGUUUCUCGUCACCGGCCCGACUCCAGGAAGCAUUGGAGCUGAGACGGCAGCAACAUUGGCCACAGGCGCUCCCGCAUGCAUUAUCCUUGUCGGGCGAUCACUGUCGAGCGCACAGGCUACCAUUGAUCGCAUCAAGACCACGGACUCAAAUGUCAACGUCAAAUUCUUCGAGGCAGACCUGUCGUCGGUCGAGGCUGUUCGAAGCGCGGCAGACUCAAUCCUCGCCUCCGCCGACAUCCCAGUCAUCCACGCCAUGAUCAACAACGCCGGUAUCAUGGUGCCGCCCUACUCCUUAACAACCGACGGCUUCGAGUCGCAAUUCGCAAUCAACCACCUCUCGCACUUCCUGCUCACCAACAAGCUCAUGCCCAAGCUCCUCGCCGCCGGCAGCGCCAGGGUGGUCAACGUCUCCAGCAUCGGCAACUGCUACAGUGGCAUCAACUGGGACGACGUGCAAUUCUCCAGCGGCUACACACCGCAGAAGGCUUACGGCCAGUCCAAGACGGCGCAGAUCCUCUUCACGGUCGCGCUGAACAAGCGCUACGGCUCGCGCGGCAUCAGGUCCUUUGCGCUGGACCCGGGCAGCGUGCAGACGGGCCUGGCUAAACACAUCACGCCGGAGAUUGCGGCCGACAUGGCGCUCAAGAUCACCGGCAAGAGCCUCGCCGAAGCUCGCGCGGCGCGGCGCAAGACGGUCCCGCAGGGAUGCGCGACGUCGCUGGUUGCUGCUCUGGAUCCGACUUUGGAGGGCGGCAUCUUUUUGGUGGACUGUCGGAUCAGCAGCGGGCCCAACAUUGUGGCGCCAUGGUCCCUCGAUGAGGCCGCAGCCGACAGAUGCUGGUCCUUGAGCGAAGGACUGGUGGGAGAAACAUUUACUGCCUAG